UGCUUCUUGAGUCGAGCGGCGACAUUGUUUGUGUGUGCUGCAGGAACCGACGAGCCUUGGUGCCUUGCCACGUCUCUCCCUCCGCAGAGCUCCCCGUCUCCCGCACAUUUUUUUGGACCCCGAUUUCGCCGUCUAGACCUGUGCCAAGCGUGGCUGCCUCUUGCUUCCGCCCAAGUGAAGGGACCUCCUGCGCGAGGCGCCUGCACCCAAGCCGCUGCAAUUUGAUCACUGCCCGCACACCCCCCCAGCCGACCUUCCCCCCAAUCAACAGCCGACUGAGUGCACCACGCCGCCAGGCCUUUGACCCUCUUUUUGUCUUUGCCGCGCCCAGUCGGGCCAACCAGAUGCCCCAUUGCGACCCAUACUCUCCAUGACCGUUUCAAAUCCGCAUCUUGACACCUCUGGAAACAUUGAAUCGACAACCAGACAGCCCGCCCGCCCCGCGAGGUCCCCUGACUGCCGCCAGCAAAUUCGUGCAGAGGACAAGCACCAAGGCACUUUGGACAAGGCUUCUUGGACGCGGCCACGCUGCGAGCGCCCCUUUUGCACCAUCACCACCUUUAGCCCAGUAUUCCCGCGCGGGAUUCGCCGCCCAGUAACCCACAUUCAACCACUAACUACGUCGCAAACGGGACGACGGCAAUAGAAAAAGAGCAAAAGCUGGGAAUUGAAACGCUCCAUCGCCAAGCACACAGGAUUUCGGGGGGUUGAGCAAAAAAGAGGAGGGAAAAGCAGAAGCAAAAAGCGAACAACAAAGCACCAACCCGACCGAACCCGCUGCCUCAAACCUGGGACACCCUCCUAGUCACUCUCGCGAGCAGAAUCGACAGGAAAAAUUGGCGUCCAGUCGCAUGACGUGAAUCAGAAGCCACAACUCCCCCAAAUAGCCGCGAAAGGGCGAACAGCCGACCUGCAUCCAGGCCUGCCUCCCCUCUUGACCCCGUCGCCGACCUCGGUUUUCCCCAAGAGAAGGGACGGCCAAACCUAAUCUGGGAUCGCACCGCGCGCUGUCGCUGCCCGUCGCCUCGUUUCCCCAUUCCAGUCCAAGCUCAGCCCGCCCAGCCAUUCCCGACUCUCCAGCGCCCGGCCAAUUUCUCCGUCGCCGUAGAACCCACCAUUCACCGACCGCCACUCCCCAAGCCAACCCUGGUCUACCCGCCGCAAAAAAAGAAAAAGAAAGAAAAAACACUACCAUCACGACCGGCCGACCCGCCCUGACCGCCGCAUACCCGCCCGUCCAUCCCGGAAGCAGCCCCCCUGGUCGACUGCCCUCGACGGACCUCUAGGCAUCGGUGGCCCCUCCGCCCGGUGAGGUGGUGAUGGCACAUGCGCCCCUCCUGAGAUCAAGCACGACGCCCAUUUUCCCAGCGUCCAACAACGGGGUUUCCAGACUGCAGGGCGCGAUGGCCGCGCCGCCGAGGAUGAGCCAUCUCUCUGGCUCGACCGCCUUUAACUCCACCACCUCCCUCUCCAGUCUCGUCAGCACCGCCUCGACCGUCGUGCCCCCGUCCAAUGGCCAGGUCGUGGCCACAAACAACAUCAUCAACCAGAGGGCCGACGCCUCUAGGUCGCUGUACCAGAUAUGCGUCUCGCUCAAGCAGCGCCUGGCCCAGGUGCCCGGCUUCGAGCAGUACCUGGCCAAGAUGGACGCGCUAGAGGCCCAGAACCCCGACGGCGGCAUCGUCGACUCGGUAUGGAGCUUGCUGAGGCUGGGUUCGCCCCUGCUCUUCAUCUAUAACCUCCUACAGCCCGAGAACCCCAUCGUCAUCGACGACGCCGGCGCCAGCGACAAGAAGAAGUCCCAGAUGUACAUCUACAAAUUUGUCGAGGCGGUCAAAAAGGACCUCAACCAGUCCGAUAUCUUUACCAUCAGCGAUUUGAUAAAAGAUGACACGACCGGGUUUGUCAAGGUAACCUCUGUGGUAAACUACGUACUCGACAUCUGCCAAGAACGUGGUUUAUUAAACCAGAUCCAACCCUACCCCGAGGAUGACGUUCUACCAGAUGGCAAGGAAAAGAUGAGCUACCGGGAUUACAUCGUGAAGGAGCUUGUCGACACCGAACGGAAAUAUGUGCAGGACUUGGAGAACUUGCACGACCUGAAAAAGGCCUUGGAGGAGAGGGGCAUCAUCCCAGGAGACACGGUUCACCAGAUAUUCCUCAACAUCAACCUUAUCCUCAACUUCCAGCGUCGGUUCCUUAUCCGCGUCGAAACGACCAACUCGAUGCCUUCCACUGUCCAGCGCUGGGGCCAGCCCUUUGUCGUCAUGGAGGACAACUUCGACAUCUACCAGCCAUUCAUCGCCAACCAGCGGAAAGCCGCCAUGGUGGCACAGGCGCACUUUGACAAGAUCAAGACUAUCGAACACCCCGUGGCCUGCGACUUCAACACUCUCGACGGCUUUCUGCUGAAGCCGAUGCAGAGGCUGGUCAAGUAUCCGCUACUGCUUAAGGACUUGCUCAAAAAGAGCGACGAUGAGGAGAUCAAGGCAGACCUCUCCGCAGGCAUUCAAUCUGCCGAAAAAGCCUUGUCCAAGGCCAACGAAGCUGUCGAUCGAGAUCUGCUCGAUGAGGCCCUCGAGGACCUCAAGUCAAGAGUGGAUGACUGGAAGAGUCAUCAAGUCACCCAGUUCGGCUCUCUGCUCUUGCAUGGCGUGCACACGGUUCUAACCGGCAAGACGGAGGCGGAGAGAGAUUACGAAAUUUACCUGUUCGACUGCAUUUUGCUUUGCUGCAAGGAGAUCUCGCCCAACAAAAUCAAGGACAAGAAGGACAAGACCAAGUCCACAGGGCCCAGGAUCCGGAACAAGAACGCAAAACUGCAGCUUAAAGGGCGCAUUUUCAUGACCAACGUCACCGAGAUCCUGUCCUUUUCGAAACCAGGCUCUUACACGGUCCAAAUAUGGUGGAAGGGAGACCCCGGUGUGGAAAACUUUGUUAUCAAGUUCCAGAAUGAGGAGACGAUGAAGAAGUGGGCGUCGGGUCUGGAUGCCCAGAGGAAAAAGCAGGCAGGGCCUGCCGCGGCGACCAGCCCCGACCAAGCGACCCCCGAUUUCACAUGGAUGCAAGGUCAAACCAACCUGCAGAACCCUUACGUUCAGGACGACGACGACGAGAACGACGACGAUAUCGUCCCGCCGCCACUACAAGCCCAGUAUGGCACCAUGACCGGCACCAUGCCGCGCAACGCUUCCACGUCCAGCCUACGGGGCAGAUCACAAACAAACGAGAGCGGCCUGGGCAGAGUGCCUCCCCCACGCUUCCCGAUGCCCGCGCCACCAGCGCCCCUUAGCUUGCAGACGGCGAAUGGUCAGCAGUCACCCAGCUACCGUGGCGGUGAUUCGUACUUCUCGCCGGUUUUGGACACCCCGGUGUCCUCGCGGACCAGCACCACGUCGAGCAUUUACACUGGCAGCGCUAGCUACGCCUUCCCCAAGGCUGGUCAGCCAUAUGCGGGGCCGUGGGAGGGAGAGAUGAACCGAUAUACAGCUCCUGCCAUGCCUCGCGCGCCAUCCAGGGAUGGAUCGUCUCCGGUGAAUCCCUACGGCAUGGUCAACGGGCGCAACCCCCGCGGGCCCUCGAUGCCGGUCAUGGCGUCGCACAGCGCACAAGCCGCCGCAUCUCUGUCGCGCAGCCGCUCCUACAGCACGCCUGACAUUCAGGGCCCCCCGGGCGUCCGCAGGACGCCUGGUGGCAGUCAGAACAACGUGCCCGCCGUGCCCGGUAUUCCGGCACACCUCGCUCACGAACGGCACGACUCUAAUAUCCCGCGCUCACACUCUGGCAGCCCCGUGAACAAUCUACCGCUCAGGGCGAACACCCAGAGCCCCGGGGUCCAAAGGGAGCGCAUGCUGCAACAAGGCGGCAGCUAUGGUGGGACCAUGGCGCAGUUCCCAUCGCAGCCCAUCUAUCAGCGCCAGGGCACGCCCGGACCUACCAGUACCCCUAGUAGCAACCUUGCGCCGGCGCCUUUGAACUUGGAUCGCGAGAGGGCCGUGUCGCCCCCGCUAGCCACAGGAGCACCCAUACCACCAAGCGGCGGGUUUGGGGGUCCCGAGAUGACGCUGCCGACCCAGCUCAAGGUCAAGGUCAACUAUGACAAUGCCAACUACGUGACCCUCGUCGCGGCGUACAACAUCACGUACCAGAGCCUUGUGGACCGAAUCGACGCGAAGCUCGCCCGCUUCACCAACAGUGGAGUCAGCCGGGGAAACCUAAGACUCCGGUACCGGGACGACGAGGGCGACUUCGUCAGCAUCGUAUGCGACGAGGACGUGCAGAUGGCCUUUACCGAUGGGCGCAACGGCGACAGGGACAUGUAUAAUGGCGGCGUCGGCGAGGUCGAGCUGUUUUGCGCAACCGUCGGUGGCGGCGACAACUAGGCAGCCUAACCUUGUCUGGUACUGCAGUCGCACAGUGCUAUUGGUGACCUCCAUCAAGUCGCCAUCUCGCUGGGCCCACAGCUUCCCCCUCCUAACACCUAUCUAACCAAAGGCAGAUCGCCAUCCAUCGCCCGUCCAUGCCCGGCAUUCUAAAGCGUUCUUGUGCUUUUCAUCCGCCCCCCAGUACAAAUGAGAUCCAACAUACUCAUUGCAUACAUCAUCGGCGUCUGGCUUGUCGUUUCCCACUUUCUACAACUCCAAAUACCACACCUCCUUGCUCCAUUUUCCCCCUUUUGAUCCAUACCCCAGCUCUCCUCGAGGCGGCGUCUUUUCCUCUCCUCGCAACAUCGGGCCCUUUAGACGGUUUCAGCCUCGUCAAUUUCUCCUUUCCUUGCAUUCAAGGGGUUUUGCCAACCCCGCAUACUGAUACCAAAAACUGGAUUCUCGCGUGGUUUCCUCCGAGCAUUUCGUUUUCUCGUUGUGCUCUUGCUCCUUUUCUUCCUGGUUCCUUCGUUUCCUAUCCCCUUGAGCAAUAUAGAUCACACCUGGAGGCGAGACGCGUUGUUUGCCGCCUCUCCUCCGUUGGGAUGCAUUUGUGUCCCAUUUUUACAUAUCCUUGGCUAACCCACUCUAUAACUAACCCUGCCUGGGUGUUUUUUUUUACCCUCGUCGGACGACAGGCCCAUUUGUACUCGGAGGUGAUUUUAUGUCCUCUCACCCUCUCUCUUCCUUUGCUUGCUUUCAUCUUCUUUCGUCUGUCGUAAGUUUCAUGUUUUGGAGAUACCUGACCUUGAACACUCGUUGCCCUUUGUGGGCGAGCUUGAAUUUGAAACCAAGUUAGUUUCUAUUGACGUGCCGUCACAACUAUGUAUUUAUGCGUUCGGUCCGCUCCUAGUAAUAUCUGCC